CAAGGCAGCAUCAGCUGGGAUGACCACAAGGCAGCAUCAACUGGGACGACCACAAGGCAGCAUCAGCUGGGAUGACCACAAGGCAGCAUCAACUGGGACGACCACAAGGCAGCAUCAGCUGGGACGACCACAAGGCAGCAUCAGCUGGGAUGACCACAAGGCAGCAUCAACUGGGACGACCACAAGGCAGCAUCAGCUGGGAUGACCACAAGGCAGCAUCAACUGGGACGACCACAAGGCAGCAUCAGCUGGGAUGACCACAAGGCAGCAUCAGCUGGGAUGACCACAAGGCAGCAUCAGCUGAGACGACCACAAGGCAGCAUCAACUGGGAUGACCACAAGGCAGCAUCAGCUGGGAUGACCACAAGGCAGCAUCAACUGGGACGACCACAAGGCAGCAUCAGCUGGGAUGACCACAAGGCAGCAUCAGCUGAGACGACCACAAGGCAGCAUCAGCUGGGAUGACCACAAGGCAGCAUCAGCUGGGAUGACCACAAGGCAGCAUCAGCUGAGACGACCACAAGGCAGCAUCAGCUGGGAUGACCACAAGGCAGCAUCAACUGGGAUGACCACAACAGAGCGGGUGGACUCGUCAACCUCGCAGUACCAGUUUUUGCAACAGGUGUUGACAUAGUCCAGUAUUGUAGCUAGGCGACAGGUGUUAUAUAGAGGGUUCUUCACCCUCGACGACCUCUACCCCCGUCAGCCCCAGAGCUAGAGGCUGCCGGCAGACAUACAAGGGCCUCGUCCAGGGGUCACCACCUGCCAACUCUUACAAUUCUUCCCGUCAUGAUGAACGCUGUCAAGACGGCCAAAGCCGCUCUGCGCAAAGAAGUUAAAGUGAAACUUGAUUCUUUGAGUACUGCAGAGAGAGCCAGACAGUCCGUAGUUGUCCAGGAGAAAUUAUGGCAACAUGAACUUUAUAAGAAAAGUCAGCGGCUGUCAAUAUUCCUGAGUAUGAACGACGAGAUUCAGACGGAGCCAAUUCUCAGACAUGCACUGGAGGCUGGCAAGACCUGCUAUAUCCCAAGAUAUGACAGCAAAUCCACCUACAUGGACAUGGUACGCCUUCACUCUUGGGAGGAGUAUGAGUCUUUGCCAGUAACAAAGUGGCAGAUCAAGCAGCCACCUCUGAGUGAGCAGUGUGAAACUGCGCUCUCUUCUGGGGGCCUUGAUCUCAUCCUCAUCCCUGGAUUAGCUUUUACAAAAGAGGGUCACAGAAUGGGAAGAGGACGAGGCUAUUACGACAGAUAUCUAACCAGAUGCAGAGCUUCACAAAUUAAUGCACCAAGUACAGUUGCAUUAGCUUUUAGUGAACAGAUUUUCCCUGAAAUUCCCACAGAAGACACAGACAUGCUUAUUGACAUUGUACUCUCAGCAGAUUAAAUGAAUAAUUUUAUGCAAAGGUAGCCUAUAUAAAUUUGUACUUUAUAGUAUUGUGUGCAAACCUAAUUUUUUAAUAAACUAUAAUUUAUACAA